AUGCUUGUAAAAGGCCUCCUUCCUCUUCUUGCCCUGGUGAAGAUUGCGGUUUCACUUCCAGCGGCCCCCGUUCCUCCAUCAGAAGGUCUUCGUCUUGUUAAAUUCUCAGAAGAUGAUGAGGGGACCUGGGUAACGGAAGAUCAGAAGUUUGAUUUGUUCAUAUCAAAGAAAAUAAACUUUGUGGAUGUUACUGAUACCUGGCAAUUGGAAGAGUUUGGCGCAACAACAGGCUCCUCCCUCGAAGCUCGUCAGAUCUCAUUCCCCAGUGGGCCUACCCACCAAUCUCAAGCCAAUCCCUUGAUUGCUGUAGCAGGCAAAAGCAACCCUCAAAGCUGGACAAACACUUUCACCAGUUAUAAUAACCGCUACUAUCGAUCGACAACUGGCGUGACUUCGGCAACAUGGCUGUAUAACACUAUCAAAAAUAUAGGAGCUGCAAACUCCGCCAUCACCGUAACCCAGUAUUCACACUCUGCUUCGGGCUUCAGUCAGCAGAGCGUGAUUGCAAAGAUCCCAGGAACAAGCAGCGCCACAGUGGUCAUCGGUGCUCAUCUUGAUAGCGUUGGUACGACGACUUCUGGUAGGGCACCUGGUGCUGAUGACAACAACUCUGGAACGGUUACUAUAUUGGAGGCUUUCCGGGUGCUUGCCAAUGCAAAGUUUGCCCCCACAAACACUCUUGAGUUUCAUUGGUAUGCUGGUGAGGAAGGCGGUCUUCUUGGCUCUCGUGCCAUUUUCAACAGUUAUGCCAGUGCUGGGCGUAACAUCAAGGCUGUCCUCGUCCAGGACAUGACCGGUUAUUCGCCAAACAACGUCAUAGCUGUCUACACGGACUAUGUUAGCACUGCUUUGACAAACUUCAUCAAGACUAUUGUUCCUGUUUACACUAGCCUGCCGGUUAUCACUGAUGUCUGUGGAUAUGGGUGCAGUGACCAUGCUUCAGCAAACUCUGCUGGGUAUCCUGCAUCUUUUGUUACUGAGGAUACCUUUGACGACUCAUCUCCGUAUAUACACUCGGCUAGUGAUACUGUAAGCACUCUCGAUUUUGACCACAUCCUCGAACACAUCAAGUUGACCAUUGGUUUUGCUGUCGAGGCAUCUUACUUUUAA